UUAUCCUUAAAGACAGUAUUGUAUCGUUACUCCCGUUUCAUCUUCACUAAAGUUCUUGUAAGCGACUAUUGAUGCAGUGGAGCUGAACCGUCUCCUUUUGAAAUGUUCACCUCAAAGGUGCUGAAUCCAAAUCUCUACACGAUUGAGCUGAGCCACGGGGACUUCACGUGGAAAAUCAAACGCCGUCUCAAGCACUUCCAAGCUCUUCAUCAGGAGCUGCUGAUGUUCAAGGCUCCUCUAAAGCUCCCCCUGCCAACCUGCAUGAGGCCGAAGGACAACCAGGUGGGAAUGGUGAUCCUCUAUGAUAAGGGCUUUCACAUCAAGAUGAGCGCCCAGGAGACCGCCGUCCAUCACGGAGUCACCAUCGAGAACCUCUGCAGGCAGGCAUCUGUUCUUAUCAUAUUUACAUUUUGCUGUGAUGGCACAGCCUCACAGCGCUGACUGUGCUGACUGCAUCCCUACAAAGAUUACUUGUGAGGUGUGUUCCAUAUCUCUGUAUGCAUGCCACAAAUGUCAGAACCAUAUUGUUUGGGGACAAAGCAUGCUGUCUCCAUCAGGCUCUACAAACAAAGAUGUGCGGGACUGUAGUCGGGGCGUAUGCAGGCGCGCUGAGAGUACAGCAUGCACGGCUGGUCCUUUGUCUUCUCCAAGGACACUACAUCCGAAGUGUUUCCCUUUUUGGCUGCCGCCUGAUGGGGCCAUUUUAUUCUUUUUGUUGAUUAUUCAGCUAUUAACCCAUUCAUUGCUAAAUGUAUAGAAAACUUUGACCAUUAGAGACCCACCAUAGAAGCACACAAUAAUACAUUUUAAUGAAAUUUUGCAGAAUGGGGCCUCUUAUUGAUUAUUUCCACCAUAUCACAUCUUAUGGGAAGAAUUACUGUCCCUUUGACCUAAUAAGGGUAAAAGGGAAAGGAAUUAAAGAACAAUGGUCCCUUGUAAUCAUUUAUGGAGGGAUAUAUAUGUCAUCAGUACAAACUGAUCGCGAAUUUGGCCACUCACUGUUACAUGUUACAUGUGAAAUAUUUUUUUGAAUAUGCAAUUGGUAUAUGAAAGACAAAAGGU